AUGUCUGAAGUAUAUAAACUUAUACAUCCAGUAAAAUUCUUUAAUGAUUAUAUAUCUAAAAAUGUGAGACCUGAUGGAAGAUCAUUUAGUGAACAGAGGAAUAUAAAGUUAAAUGUGGAUGCUAUUAAAACGGCGGAUGCAUCUGCUUUAAUCAAAUGCGGGAACACUUCAGUCAUUUGUGGGAUUAAACUGGAACUAGCUACUCCAAAAGCUGAAGAACCAAAUAAAGGGUUUCUGAUCACUAAUGUAGAGCUUCCUCCAUUAUGUUCAUCUAAAUAUAGGCCUGGUCCACCUUCCGAUAGUGCUCAGGUUACCAGCAAUAUAGUAUCAGAUAUAAUAAAUAACUCUAAAUGCGUUGAUUUAACAGAUCUUUGUAUAGUGCCAGAUAAGUUGGCCUGGGUUCUGUACUGUGAUAUGCUUUGUCUAGAUAACGGGGGAAGCUUAGUAGACGCUUGUAUUAUCACAUUGAUGGCAAGUUUAAAAACCUUAAGACUUCCAACUGUUACUUAUGAUCCAGAAACAGAAGAUAUCAAAGUAGACACAAAUGUUCAAACUAAACUCAAAUUAAAUGGGUUACCCAUAGCUACGAGUUUUGCUAUUUACAAAUAUAUGGACAGAAAUGUCACUUUGGUUGAUCCUUCAUCAUAUGAAGAAGAUAUGUGUGGAGGAUUAGGUGCUAAUCUAAUAUUGUGCUACAACAAAGGUUUCCUAUGUAGUUCCCAAAAGUUUGGUGGUAGUAACUUUUCAGUAGAUUGUGAAGAGAAAGCACUGAAGAUAGCUAAAGAGCGUGCUCAACUUGCAGAAGAAGUAAUAGAUGUUUGUAUUAAGAACUAUGAAAGCAAAACUAAUACAGUGUGA